UGGGAAGCAGCAUAACAUGCUAGGCAGGAAAAUGCAUGGUCAACGUAAAGUGUAACCGCGUAAUUUCAACUUUGUGUAACUGGCAGACAUGUAGCAACGACUGCACAACAAACAUUGCCACAUGGUUUGUGUUUUUAAUCGUAAUUUUGUUUCAAAAAACCACCAGGCUUCACAUUGUUGUAACGUUAAUUUCCAAACAGAAGCGUUGCGGUCCGCGGCGUCACAACAACCAACACAGGACGAGUUGUUUUCUGUCCCCCUUUAAAACUUAGUACGACGACCUCAAGACCAGUAAGUCAAAAAAAUGCCGUCGAGAAAUCAUCUUGACAAAAUCGGGAGGAAGAAGAAGAAGAAGUGGACAGAGGAGGCCAUGGAACGUGCACUGAUCGAGGUGAAGUCGGGGAGGUGCACGGUGAGACAGGCUGCCAAGGAAUUUGGAGUCCCUAAAUCUUCAUUGGGGGACAGAGUCAGUGGACGGGUGACACCAGGGAGUCGCAGCGGGCCAGCUCAGCUUAUAACCUCUGCAGAUGAGGAGCUGUUAGUGGAGUUCUCCUUGUACAUGUCCAAGCAUGGAUUCCCACUUACUAAGCAGCAGCUGGUGUCCUUUGCCUCAUCCAUUUAUAAACGGCAGCAUCGGAGGGUGGCAUUUUCCAAACUGGGCCAGACCUGGUGGCUCAAUUUUAGAAAACGGCAAGAAAAGAAUAUUACCAUUCAGCCAGCAGACAAUGUUGUCCGUGGGAGGACAGUAUGUGUGAGAAAAGAAGCGGUGGAUCAGUUUUUUAAUUUACUGAGCACUGUCAUAGACACUCACGGACUCAGAGACAAGCCUCACCAAAUCUUCAACUGCAAUGAGACAGGCUUUCAGCUGGGCAGGAAGAGGGUGAUUCUCCCCAAACCUGCCAGUCUGGGCUACAAGCCAAUGCCAGGCUCGAGGGACCACAUCUCCGUCCUGGCUUGCUUUAGCGCAGCUGGAGAGGACAUUCCCCCAUUUAUUAUCUACUCAAAGGCCUAUCCCGGAGGAGUAUGCUACAAGACACAAGGGCCACCAAAUGCCCUCUAUGGAUGGUCAGACUUGGGGUGUAUCAACUCUGACCUCUUUAAGAAAUGGUUCCUCAAACAUUUUCUUGUGCAUGCACCGAAGGAGCGUCCAUUGCUGCUGAUUUUUGAUGGCCACAAGUCGCCAGUGAACCUUGAGGUGGUGGAGGCAGCUCGCAAGGAGGACGUCAUCCUUCUGUGCCUUCCACCUCAUUGCUCUCACGUCCUGCAGCCACUAGACGCGGGUCUCUUUGUGCUCCUGAGGCAGCAUUUUGCAUCACUCAUAGGUGAUGGGUGUGCCACUGAUACUCACUUUGCAAUAAGCAAGAAGGAGUUCUCAGGUGUAUUUAAAGGGACGUAUCAGGUAGCUAAGGAAGACGAAGGUGUCAGGAUUGUCAAGGAAGGCUUUAGGAAAUGUGGUAUCUACCCAUUGAACCCCUUUGUCAUCAACGAGGGUCAUUUAAUGCCAUCACACAGCAUGGGCCCAGCGGCUGGAUCCACAUUGUCCACAUCAGCACAGGGGGUGCACACUGUAGGAGACCUCACAGCUGCCGGACCCUCCUUGUAGCUCAUUACUACCCAAGACUUUCAGUCGCCAUCAGUACCUCUGAGGAAAGAGCCUGCCUGCAGAGUGCUCUGUUUGUUAGUUGGCAAAGAAGAAAGGGGUGUGUUGAUAUUAAUUACUCGUCAAAGUUGUGCUCAGAUUUAGUAAUUGAGUAAUAAUAUUUGAAUGCUGCACAAUACUGUUUCACAGCCUGCCGGUGCCCCAAGGUAAAACUGUCAAAACAUUUUUAAAAGAAUAUUAAAGAGAAUUCUGGGCCAUGUUUCUGCUGUACAGCAUUAUGUUUUCUUUUUUUGAAUAUUGUCUUAUUGUUCAGACCUCAAGCUCCUUCAAAUGAAACUAUCUGGGAAGGAAAAAACACAUUUACUUUGAGCUGUUCACAACUCAUCACGUAGAGAACUGAAGUGAAACGAGAACAGAACCUCUUUCAAAAUCCCAUUGACAUUUGUAACUAUGUAGCUGUAAAAUACAGCUGGGGACAGAGCUUUUCUCAACAGCAUGUCAUGUGGCUGGUUUCAUGUGUUUGGGUGACUACUAAUAUCGUUGUUUAUUCAAUAUUUUUGUUUUUACCUGCUUUUAACACCAUUUCCCAUAACCACUAGACAUUCGUGAGCUAAAUGUCAUGUCUCAACACAGGUGACGAGUCUGAUUUGUCUUAGAAUAUGGAAAGUAAACCCCAGGAACACGCUUCAUUUCAUCACAAAGACCGGUGAAAGAAAGGCUGAGUGAGAGGCUGCAUUGAGUUACAGGGGCUAGUGGAGCAGAGACUGAGCCAUAACCUGUGAGGAGGGGCCAGAAGUAGACAUUGCUUCAUUUUAGGGGAUCACAAGUCAAAAAGUUUGGGAACUACUGCUGUAUCACAAAUUUAACUUGAGCUCUGACACUUUUCUUGGAUGAGAUUGGCGGUGAGCAAGCUCGAUAAGCUACAUCAAACAGUAUAAAUAUAGACAGUGUUGUGCUUGAUUUCUAUAUUCGUGGCUCCUUGACAGCAAGCGGUGGGCAAGUCUACAAGUUAUGAGCCCUGAGCGUGCUUUCUAAUUCUGUUCAAUCUGAUCAAACAAGUACUCAUUCACUGUGUAUUUAUUGAAUUACAGAUUUGAAGAUCUAGAGAAAAGAAUUGUUCUUAUAACGUUAACAGAGAUAAAAGGACAGAUUCAAAACUCAGCCACAUUAAGUGUUAUCUAUAUCUUGAUACACUUCAUGCAGAAGUAAAAAAUGUAGUCACAUGUUGAAAUCUGGCAGGAUUUAUUAUGGUCUAAUAUCCAGAGGAUUUCCAAAAACAAUAUCCAUUUAUAAAACUUGUUGCUAAGUGAUGCUUCUUUUUGGUAUUCAAGCUUGCUGUGAAAUAGACUGACAGAACAGAGGGGUAAACAUGGGAAGAGAAAUGAUAACACGUCUUUGAAACCACUCACUCACUUCAGAUGUGAAUCUUUUAUUUCUUGGCUUGAGUAUUCAAAAUGUGCUUGGUGAUAGCUAUAAAUGGAAUGUAUUGUGUAAAAUUUUUGAGAACUAUUGAGGAAAGUCGCACCCUGGGGUGUCUAAAUACAUAGGCUUGUUCAAAUAUGUACUGUUUCCUAUGCUCUCAGUAGAAGGAAGCCCACAGUGUGACC